AUGUCUAAUAGCAUUCGUCAACGACUUUUGGAAAAGUACAAUCUUGAUCUUCAACAUACAUUCGAAGAAGCUCGCAUGUUGGAACAUGCUCAGCAACAGUCACAACUCUGUGAUUCAACCACCUAUGUCUCAUACGGUGCUACAUCCAUGCAGUCAGAUGUAGCAGCUCCGGAUCCUGUACGAGAUGCUUCGGAACCUCAAACCGACAGGGAGGAAGUAAUCGGAGCGAUGUCUACUCUCUGCUUUUUCUGUGGGCGACCAGGACACCCUCGCUCCAAAUGUCCCGCCCGAGAAGCUAUUUGUAAUUCAUGUGAGAAGGGACAUUUCCAAGGGGUCUGUUGA